AUGGAGGCGGCAUCCGUGGAAACUUUGAGGAACGUGAACUGCCCCCUCGACUCGAUCAAGGAUGAGGAUAUUUCCAGUCGUCGAUGCCUUGUGCACUGGAGGUCUCUCACAGAUGCAUCACGAGUAUCUGUUACAGUACUUUCAAGAUGGCUCAAUUCAGCAUCCUUCAAGGUUGGACUAAGUCCGGAUGCUCCGUUGGACGAGAUUAAAUAUCACCCGUGCUUGUUCAUGCAGCUGGGCUCCAUGUGCAAUAUUUUUGCGCACACAAUCCAUGGCGACAAGUGCCAGCAGAAGCAACACUCAACACACCUUGACCUCGACCCGACAGACUGCCCCCACGGAACUCAACCCGGUGCUGUUGAGGAUCUACAAUUGUGCUGUGUUCCCUGUUCAGUGUUGGCCGGUGGGACCUCCACUUCCCCAGAUAUCCAGCUUAGACGUGGCCACGGAUCUAGAGAUGGCGUCGGACUGGACUUUGGCCGAUGCUUCACUUAUCUUCGGUCGAAGGGCUGGAUUUGGGGGGAAGGGAACUUUUCCAAUUGGAAUUUUUGUGCAAUGGACCAUCUUUCGGUGACCAACUGGCAUCCGGGCCCGAUCCGAGAGUCUGGUGAAGAAAUCAAAGUCUCGAUAAUCAACGUCGAAGCGAGCGAUUUGGCGUUCCUUGCCCCUGGCACGGUUCCCUUGCACUCUUUCCGUCUCUCUCUCACUACGCUUCCAACUGAACUUCCCCUCAUCGUCAAAACAGCCUCUCCCCUGUCCUGA